GGGGCCCGCGGGCCGGACAGUUGGCGCAGGCUUCGGGGCUGCUGUGGGCACUGCCUUUUAAAGGCGGGCAACCACUCUGCGCACGAAAGGAGGCGAAGCUCUUUGACAACCAUGUUGACUGCGGGCGAGCCCCAGUCCAUCGCUGUGCCGCUUUUACAGUUGGAGGGGUGUUUCGAGUCGCUUUACGAUUGCUUUAGCUGUCGGACAUCUUAAAAUAGGGUAUCCUGCACGGUGGCGGCAGGUAGUAAAGCCACAGGCAGACAUUUUUUGUACGGCUGGUCUGAGCCACGUGACCGUAUGAGCGCAGCCCAUUGGUUGCUCCAGCGAGCUCGUCCUGCCGAACUGUCCAAUCGCCUGGCUACUACUACCACCAGCUGUUCGCCAUCUUAUCAGUGGGCAAUUUGACAGUAGCCGGCGGUAGUGAAUCUUUUUGCGACCUUCUUGGUUGAGGGCGGAAGCGAGGGCAAGAGCUGCGGCUUCAGAUUCUCCCAGACGCACGUGGAAGAAGCGCUUAGGAUGCUGCGCCGCGAGGCCCGCCUGCGCCGCGAGUACCUGUACCGCAAGGCCCGGGAGGAGGCGCAGCGCACUGCCCAGGAGAAGAAGGAGCGGCUGCGGCGCGCGCUCGAAGAGAAUCGCCUGAUUCCUACCGAGUUACGCCGGGAGGCUCUGGCCUUGCAGGGGUCCCUGGAGUUUGAAGACGCCGGUGGCGAAGGUGUAACCAGCCAUGUGGAUGAUGAGUAUCGAUGGGCAGGGGUUGAGGACCCCAAGAUCAUGAUCACCACCUCCCGAGACCCCAGUUCCCGCCUGAAGAUGUUUGCAAAGGAGCUCAAGCUGGUAUUCCCAGGUGCCCAGCGCAUGAACCGCGGCCGGCACGAGGUGGGUGCCCUGGUGCGCGCCUGCAAGGCCAAUGGCGUCACCGACCUAUUGGUGGUCCAUGAGCACCGAGGCACACCAGUGGGACUCAUCGUCAGUCACCUGCCCUUCGGCCCUACUGCGUACUUCACACUGUGCAACGUCGUCAUGCGGCAUGACAUCCCCGACCUAGGCACCAUGUCAGAGGCCAAACCCCACCUCAUCAUGCACGGAUUCUCCUCCCGCCUGGGCAAGCGGGUCUCUGACAUCCUCUGUUACCUGUUCCCUGUGCCCAAGGAUGACAGCCGCCGGGUCAUCACCUUUGCUAACCAGGACGACUACAUCUCCUUCAGGCACCACACCUACAAGAAGACAGACCAUCGCAACGUGGAGCUGACUGAGGUUGGGCCUCGCUUCGAGCUGAAAUUGUACAUGAUCCGCCUGGGCACGCUGGAGCAGGAGGCCACAGCUGAUGUGGAGUGGCGCUGGCACCCGUACACCAACACCGCACACAAGAGGGUCUUUUUGAGUGCCGAGUGAGCCCGCUUGCUGGUCAGGGCCUGGACUGGGAACCGGGAGGUGGGGCUGCCACACGUGGUCUCCAGGGCUGAUAGUGUGGGGUCCCUGGUGGGGGGUGGAGGGGCCAGAAUAAACCCUCUGUCACACCA